AUGUCAGGUUUGACUACCGUUGGACUUAUAGCGGCCUGCAUCUGUUGGAAAACUCGACGCCGAAGAUUAUCUCCCAGUAAAAGCUUCACUGAGCAAGAGAAGAAAUUGCUGGAUUCAUCGUUAGCGACCAGCUGUGAUAGACAGAGUAUUGACGUAGGUUCGUCGUACGGCUUUGAAAUGAUUGACAGAUCGACGUCUUUGGACAGCGGUGACAGUCGGGGUUGUAUGGAGACUGUUCAUAUAACCUUAGAACAUACUGGAAUAUAUCCUCCGCCACCAGUGGAGUUCGCGUUACCGGCUGCUUAUGGAAAUAUUUUUAUUUCACUGCGUCUGUCUGGCACCGGUGAAGAAUAUCCAGAUUUGCUGGGUGGUGGGGCAACUCUGCCGCGUCGGAGUAAGACGUGCACUUUGAAUUCGGCAAAUGAUAAUGUGAGCUCCAGAAACGCAGCCAGUAGUUCAACUUGGUCUUUACCAGAAGACAACGCCACCGAUGAUAAAACUGACAAUAAUAUAUUCUCGCCAUUUUCGAGGAUGUCGACGGAAUUUACUGCACUC